UCUGUCCUCUCUCUCUCUCUCUCUUUCUUUUUUCUUCGUUUCAGAUAAAAGAGAAAGAAAAAUGCCACCAAACACACUUUCUCUCACCUUCAUCAUACCUUCUUCUCUUCUCACUCUAAAACGAUUCGUUUCGCAUUUCGGGCAUGGAAGGCUUUCUCUAGAAUCUUCUCUCUCUCCUUUGGCUUUAAGGAAAACCAGGGCGGUGGUUAACAGAGGAGAAUUUUAUGCGUACCCCGAAAACGAUGACGUUUUUGGGUAUGAAGAAGAGAGAGAGAGAGAGAAGAAGCUUGAAAGAGCAUGUGAGGUGUAUGUGUGCAAUCUUCCCAGAAGCUUUAACGCAGCACACUUACUUGAUAUGUUCAGACCUUACGGAACCAUUCUUUCUGUUGAGGUUUGCAGGAAUCCUGAGACUGAUGAAAGUAAAGGGUGUGGUUAUGUCACAUUGGGAUCUAUAUACUCAGCAAGAAAUGCGGUUGCUGAAUUGGAUGGAUCAGAUGUUGAUGGGCGUGAAAUGCGGGUUAGAUUUUCAGUUGAGAUGAAUUCUAGAAGGAUGAAUUCUUCCAACAAGAAAAUGAUAUAUUAUGAAGCUCCUCAUAAGUUGUAUGUUGGCAAUCUUGUUAAGACUGUUAGACCUGAAGAGUUGAGAAAUGUCUUCAGCAGAUUUGGGAACAUCGUUAGUUUAAGAGUGUUACAUGAUCAUAAACAUGGGAAUAACCGAGUCUAUGCGUUUCUCUCCUUUCAAUCAGAGGCAGAACGUGACGCAGCAAUGUCUCUCAAUGGAAAAGAAUGUUUUGGUCGUACAUUAAUAGUUAAAGAGGGCGUAGAGAAGACUCAGCCUUGACUGCAGCUUUGGCGUCUGCAUAAAAGAUAGCAGCGAUUAGAUUUUCUACGGAGGAAGAUUCUUAGAUUGUAUGCUUGAGACAUUUUAUUUGGUUUAAAAUUUAGAAAAAUUAAUUUUGAAUCCUUGAAUUUGAUUACAAUGCAUGCUUAAAAUAAAUUAAUCAAAAUCACGUCCACAUGUUCAUAUUCAAACGUGUUUUCAUUAGAGAGUGUGAGAAUUUAUUUUGUAACUCUAAAACAAACGGAUCAAUAUUUGUAGAGGUUCCUGAACAAGAAAAUGAGUACUAUCUGAGUAUUGUAGUAGAGUCGAAAUGAGUUUUGAGCACAAGGUAAGAGCAUUGCAUCAAAUGCUAGUUUAAUAAGAAACACUAUACCAU